AUGACCAGUUUACCACAAACACACAACGCUAUUAUCGAGCUACUGGAAUUAAUGCGAUGUGACAAUUGUUCAGCUACUCUUCACCAAACUUUUACCACCAGAGUAUGUGAACAUUUGCUGUGUCCUUCAUGUAUUCCAAGUGGAAGCAAUGGAAAAAAUGGGAGCUCUUGUCCUGUCUGCUCAGUUCCCGUCCACCCGCGUGACUGUCAAGUUCAUCCACAGUUUUCAUCACUUGUACUGGUUGCGCGUCGCUUGAAAAAGUUGACAAUGAAUGAAUCUCAAGAGAAAAUAAAAGAUUCGUAUGAUCCUUUGACUGAAAAUGAGAAUAUUAAUCCUAAUCAAGAUAAAAAUGAAGCUCCUGUACCUCAAGUUGUAAUUAAACAGGCCUACUCUGCUUCAAGAAAACCUAUACCUGAAGAUAAUGAUUUGAAAAAAUCAGUCAAUAUAACAUAUAAACGUGGAUUUUCCCCAGUUCAUGAUGACACAUCAUCUUCUUCUAAACAAAUUAAAACAAAUACCUCUUCGUCUAAUGUUAGUUCAGCUGCUACCAUUUCAUCUAUUAAUUAUAAACCUAAUUAUGGUCCAGUCGAUGUCAAGGUUAAUAAAAGACGACCACCAUCAAAAAAAGUCACUAAAUUGCCUGCUUAUCCAAAUUAUGAUAAUCCAACAGUCACAUUGAAUUCUGUUAAUCCAAGUGAAUUGUCCACUUCUCUUGCUCCUGUUGCUUCUGCUACGGCUCCUCCUGCUUCUGUUAACAAAUCCAUUGCAUCACUUCCAGCAGAAAAUGUUCAAGAUGUCAGUGAUAAUUCCAAGGGGAAAGCCAUAUCCAAAGGUCCUAGGAGCAGGAGAGUAUUGAAAUCAGUGGAAAACAAAUCAGAAUCAAUUGUUGUUCCAUUCGCUUCACCUGAACCAUCUCGUCUAACAGAUCAGUCAAGUUUAUCCCCAACUAAUCUUGCUCCAGUUCCAUCUUCUGUAUGCCUUACACCCAUUGAUUUACCACCAGACAAUGACAAUGAAACUAGCAAUAAAACACCACGUCGGAAAAGUACAAACAAUUCAAAAAAAGGAAGUAAGAAAACCCAAGAAAAUGCUAAAAAAGCGACAACAGGUCAAGAUCGCAAGUCAUCUGGAUUUCUUAAUUUACUCCAGAAGCUAAGACCAAAUAGCAAAGGUGAAAGUCAACUGCACAAAGCAGCAAUUCGUGGUGAUGUCAAUCAAGCACGAGAACUCCUUACGGCUGGUUUAUCACCAGAUAUUCGAGAUCAUGCUGGUUGGACACCGCUUCAUGAAGCUGCCCUACGUGGACACUGUGAAGUUGCUAAAGCCUUGAUCAAGGCUGGUGCUACUGUCGAUAUUCCCGGUGGGCCAGAAUUGGAAACACCAUUACAUGAAGCAAUACAAAAUGGUCAGGCGAACUUCUGUCAACUGCUACUUGAUCACGGUGCUAAUCCCAUGUUUCCAAAUAAUAAUGGUAUUACACCAGUACAACUUGUUGAUAAUAGUAUAUGCUAUGUAAAAGAUUUACUAAAUGCUGAUUCUAAAUCAUCGUCCAAAUAUAAUGCUUCUUUGAAGAUAUUGUCUGAUAUUAGAGCAAUGAUUGAUAAAGCAUUGUUGUCCUCUACUUCAUCGAAUAAAAAUUGUGUUACUGAUAGCAGUAGGACUCCGAAUCUAUUGGCGAUUUCUUCUGCAACCACUUUUAUAGAAAGGCGACGUCUACGACCAAUUCUUCUAGGUACAGGUUUAACUAGAAUUCAACAAUCCUUAUUCACUCGUGUUGCCAAUAUGAUACAUGCACGUGUUGUCACUUCUAUUUCACCUGAAGUGACACAUGUCAUUACUGGUGCACUUCAAGAAGCAUCUACAGAUUUAACUGCUGCCGGUGGUGGUGGUGACGGUGGAGAGGCGAAAAAUGAUACAAAAAAGAAUAAUACUAAAUCGAAAAGAAAUUCACGUUCACUUAAAAGUGUUGAUGCUGAAGCAAAUCAAAAUUUCAAUGGACAAGCAACAUGUCCACGUACUUUGAAAUUUUUAAGCGCCGUUUUACAAGGUUGUUGGAUCUUGUCAUUUGAUUGGAUUGAAACUUGUGCUCAUAUUAAAAUGCGUGUAGAAGAAGAAGGUUUUGAAGUAACUGGAUGUAGUACUGCGCCGAUGUCUGGUGCACCUCGUCGAGCUCGUCUUGCUCGUGAAGCUGGUUCCUUGGGAUUACUCCAUGGUCAGAGGAUUUGUUUCCUAGGGAGUUUCUUAUAUCCUGUCCCGUCAAGAGAUGAACUCACUCGAUUAGCACGAUCAGGUGGAGCAAGUGUAGUAUUUAGUCGUGAAGUAUGCUCUCCAAUUCGAUUGGCUAGAUAUGCUGUAGAAUCUGCGAAUAAUUCAUCUGUCUGGGAUUUGAAUAUUGACCAGAUGAAUACAGGUGACGAAUGCGAUCAAGGUGUGGACGAGAGUAUAUCGUUUAUAGAUGAUAUGACUUUGAUGGAAUCUGAUACUCCAUCUUCAUUACUUGUCUUAUAUGAUCCUGGUGUUUAUCAUAAAUCAUCGACAAAUACAACGACACUUCAUAAAACUAUUUAUGCUAUAGAAACUGUUUCUAA